AUGAGUACGAAAAUUGAUGAAGUUGUACUUGAGAAUGCUCCAAAAAAUGCCCAAUAUAUUGCUCCAGAAAUUCAAAAAGAUAUUUUACAUAUUAUGGCCAAUAUAGUACAACAGAUGGUUCGUGAAGAAGUUGAAGAUAAAUUCUUCUGUAUUAUUGUUGAUGAAGCACGAGAUAUAUCUAAACAGGAGCAAAUGACCAUUAUCUUGAGGUUUGUGAACAAUAAUGGGAUUUUGAUAGAAAGACUUUUUGCCAUCAAAAGUGUUAGUGACACUAUCUCAUUGAAUUUGGAAAAAGAAAUAUCAAGUGUUCUUGUUCAUCAUGAUCUACAAGUUAAGAAAAUCAGAGGCCAAGGAUAUGAUGGUGCUAGCAAUAUGCGUGGUGCAUGGAAUGGACUCCAGGCAUUAUUUCUCAGAGAUUGUCCUUAUGCAUACUAUGUCCACUGUUUUGCUCAUCAACUACAAUUAACAUUGGUUUAUGCAGCUAAGGAUGUUAGUGUUAUUUGUAAAUUAUUUUCUCAUUUGGACAAUAUUGUCAAUAUUGUUACUUCUUCUACUAAGCGCAUUGUUGAGUUACAUACUGCACAAAGAAAUGAAAUUGAAUAUAUGUUGGCAAUUGGAGAACGUGAUUUUGGAAGUGGGGCCAAUCAGAUUGCAAUAGAUUGUAUCUUGAUGGAGUUAAAUACUCAAUUCAAUGAGUCAUCAGUGGAACUUCUUUCUCUUAGUACAGCUUUAGAUCCGAAAAAUUCGUUUGAUUUAAUUAGCAGUGAUGAUAUUUGCAAACUUGCAAAGAAGUUUUAUCAUGAAGAUUUCACAAAUCAAGACAUUGUUGCUUUGGAACAUGAAUUGGUACAUUAUAAACUUGACGUGAUGCAAAAUUUGAAGGUUUCUACACUUGUUGAGUUGUGUCAGCAAUUGACUGAGAGUGAGCGGUCAAAUGUUUACAUUAUGUUAACUAGAUUGAUUCAUCUCGUUUUGACAUUACCUGUUUCUACCGCCAGUACUGAGCAAGCCUUUUCAGUAAUGAAGCAUGUGCAGACGACACUUCGUAAUAAAAUGGAGGAUGAUUUUCUUGAAGAUUAUUUGACACUCUAUAUUGAACGAGAUUUAGCUAAAAAUAUAGAUGUAGAUUCUAUUGUAAAUGACUUUUAUGUUUCAAAAUCUCGUAGGGCACAACUUUGUUGA